AGCGGAAUUGAGAGACACUGAAGUUUCUUCUUCUUGCACGACACAGCCUCUGCCUUCAAUGCGAUCGUCAAUCAAAAAACAUCGUCCUCACUUUAAAACCCCAAACCCCUUGAAUUCUCCCAUUUUCCACGGCUAAUUAUCAAAUAUAUAUUUGAUUUUGAGAAUAUGAACAGAUAUUUCCAGUGGAGAUUUUUAGAGUAUUUGGGUCAACUUGGAUUUCCUCAGUGAUUAAGCUUUUAAGUCACUCAGCUAAAUGUGAAAUCUUUGAAGUUGUAGGCAUAGUGGGUUUUAGUUUUGAAUUUGGUUCUUUCGCGUUUGAGGCAUUAGUUUAUUAAACUGUUGUACUUGGACAUUGAGAACUAAAUUUUAGAGGGUUCUGUUUGGGGAUUAGGACUUGAAGCUUUGCAUUGGAUACAAUGGGGAGUAACGGGAUUGGUAAUCCAAGGAAAGAUUUACAAGAGGAAAAUGUUGUUAAUAGCGGAGUGGUUAAGGAGUGUGAACAGACAAAAGAAGUAGACGAAUCCAUGACAAUGGAUUAUAAGUUUUCUGAUGAGCAAUCUUCUUCAAGUUCUUAUGAAAUUGAAGAGAACCAGAAGCCAAGUUUAGAGCAGAAGGCAUCAGUUAUAGAGGUUUCCAGGAUGGAAGAAUUGAGUGCCUCAUCUACACCCAGAAGAGGCCUGGAUUAUUGUAUCACUGCACCAGUUGGUGCUCAUGAAAACCUGUUAAUCGAUGCCAAUGAGAUUAAAGUCGCUAGGUCAAUGACAGAGAAGAAAACUUCAAGACUUGAUCUAAAAAUAGAUAGACUCUCGGAGCGGAAGGUGAUCGAGAGACUUACACGAUGGAAAAAUCUCAUUGUUAACCUUAUCAAGAUCCAAAAUGACGGGACAGUGGAAGUUGAUCUAGCUAAAAAUUCACCCGUAGCUUCGGAAUUGUUAGAACUUUCUUCUUUUGAAGGGGCACCCUUUGAUCUUGAUGAUACUUCAUUCUUUGAAACUAGUAAAUCUAUACCGAGGUUGAAUAUUGCCAUACUUGUGGUUGGAACAAGAGGAGAUGUACAACCUUUUGUGGCUAUGGCAAAGAGACUUCAGGAGUUUGGUCAUCAUGUUAGGUUAGCGACUCAUGCUAACUUCCGCAACUUUGUAAAGUUGGCAGACAUAGACUUUUAUCCUCUUGGAGGUGAUCCUCGGGUUUUGGCUGGAUAUAUGGCCAGAAAUAAAGGUCUGAUCCCAUCUGGACCUGGGGAAAUAUCGACACAGAGAAAGCAACUGAAGUCCAUUAUUGAAUCUCUUCUUCCUGCAUGCACAGAGCCUGAUAUAGAAACGGGCAUGCCAUUCAGAGCACAAGCAAUCAUUGCAAACCCACCAGCAUAUGGACAUUCUCAUGUUGCUGAGGCUCUUGGUGUACCCCUUCACAUAUUCUUCACCAUGCCUUGGACGCCAACAUAUGAAUUUCCUCAUCCAUUGGCUCGUGUACCUCAGAAUGCUGGAUACUGGCUUUCCUAUAUAGUUGUGGACUUACUUAUAUGGUGGGGCAUAAGGGGAUAUAUUAAUGACUUCAGAAAAAAGAAGUUGAAGCUUGCUCCUAUCGCAUACUUCAGUACAUAUAAUGGUUCAAUAUCUCAUUUGCCAACGGGCUACAUGUGGAGUCCUCAUCUUGUGCCUAAGCCAAAAGAUUGGGGUCCUUUAGUUGAUGUUGUUGGUUACUGUUUUUUGAACUUGGGGUCAAAGUAUCAUCCUCGAGAAGAUUUUGUGCAGUGGAUUAAAAAAGGACCACAACCCAUAUAUAUCGGAUUUGGAAGCAUGCCACUUGAUGAUUCCAAGAAAACAACAGAUGUUAUUUUGGAGGCAUUAAAAGAUACAGGACAAAGAGGAAUAAUUGACCGAGGUUGGGGAGAUCUAGGGCACCUUGCUGAAGUUACUGAGAAUAUUUUCCUCCUGGAAGACUGCCCUCAUGAUUGGUUGUUUCCUCAAUGUUCAGCAGUGGUGCAUCAUGGUGGUGCUGGAACUACAGCCACGGGACUUAAAGCCGGGUGCCCAACGACAAUAGUGCCAUUCUUCGGAGAUCAGUUCUUUUGGGGUGAUAGAGUACACCAGAGAGGGCUUGGACCUGCACCAAUACCAAUAUCAGAGCUCAGUGUUGAGAAGCUUUCAAAUGCUAUCAGAUUCAUGCUCCAGACAGAGGUGAAAUCCCAUGCGAUGGAGUUGGCAAAAUUGAUAGAAAACGAGGAUGGUGUUGCUGCUGCAGUCGAUGCAUUUCACCGGCAUUUGCCUCCGGAGCUACCGUUGCCUACUGCACCGUCGGAGGGAAAUGAUCAUCCAAACCCUUUACAGAGUCUCUUUCUACAAAUUGGAAAACUGUGCUGCAUUCCUUGCGGAUUGUGGAAUUCAUAGAUUAUAUAGACAUCAAUUUUUUCAAGUAUUUGUUCAUUACAUUCACGGCUUUGAGAGAAGUUGAGAGUAGGAAAUUGCAUGAGUUUUAGAUUUCCCCCAUAGUGUGAAAUGGCAUUAGUCUUUCUGCUGUCAUCAUUUGUAAAGCUUGCUUUGAUAGCAAUAACCAUUACCCUUCCAGUAGCUGUUCAGUUCUCUUUCUUUUUGGUCAUCAAUUGCCCGUGUUCUUGUUUCCUUUCA